CAAGGGAACGGCAAGGCCGAGCGAACGGUGCAAACUCUGACACGAGCCCUGCAGAUGUACGUCGCGGACGUCAACCAACAAGAUUGGGACGACUAUGUAGAGCGGCUGACCUUUGCGUUGAACACGGCACAUGAUCGAGUGAGAGGGGAAACGUCGUUUUUCUUAGUCCACGGAUGGGACCCGCGGGCGACACUUGAAGCAGUUGUUUCGGUGGUAUCGACGCGCCGCCGCGAUUGCGAUGCACGGAGAUGGAGGUACCACAUACAGGGUCAAUACCGCAGAGCCAGGAAAGCCGUCAACGAGAGCCUACGUGAUGCGAUCAAGUCUAGGGCUGACCAGCACAACGAGAACGUUAGACCACAUCGGAUUGAGGAAGGCACACAGGUAUGGCUUUACCUGGAUCGCGUCAAGGAAGGCUACGCUCGCAAGCUCGCACACAUGUGGCAUUGUCCGUUCCGCGUCACAGAGCUGAUCGGCAAUCAGGCAGCUCGUCUCGAGACUGCAGGCUCAGGGUACCGGAUCUUCCCGAUAGUACAUCUGUCGAAGAUGAAGCCCGUGCGAACAUUCCCUGAUCGGCCAAAGGUUGUGUUGAACACCGAAGACGACGAUCGAGUAGACUUCGACGAAGAACUGCUGCCUGACGAUAGCUGGGACACUCCGUUGGACGAAGAUGAAUUCGAGGUGGAACAGAUCGCGGACGUACGGUCAGGAAGACGCACCCGAUAUGGGCGGGUGCACCGAGAAUUCCAGGUCUAUUGGAAGGGCUAUGACCAGCCGACAUGGGUGGAUGAAGCCGACCUCAAUUGCGCCGCCCUGUUGUACGAGUAUGAGCGCGGACACACCAGCCGCAACCGCUUCAACGUGAUGCAGUCACACGAGGAAGGGGUAAACAUUGAGUAA